GUUUUAACAACUCGUCGGCCUUCCACGAAAAACAAAGUAUUCCGGCUGCAGACGCAAACCAAACCAAGCGAAAAAUAUCUGAAUCUUUUGCUGCUCCCGGCCGCGGCGACCGGAGGAAGGGAAGGAAUCGAAGGCAACGAUGGCGUGCCGAGCACUCGCGCUCCGCUCCCUCCUCCUCCCGGACUCCCUCCACCACCUUAGCCUCCGCGCCUCCACGUCGGCCCCAGCGGCGCGGUCCCCUUGUCGCCGCCGCCGCCCCCGCCGCAACCUCCGCUGCUGCUCCAGUUCCGCCGGGAGUGGGGGCGGCGAUCCUGGGCAGCCGCCGCAGGAAGCCGUGCUCGAGGCCAUCUCAAAGGUGGCAAAGUCUAAGGGAAGGGUUGCACUCACAACUAAUAUGGUCAUAGGCGGUACUGUCUCAGAUGAUUCAAGUGAUGAAUGGCUUGUUCUGGAUCAGAAGGUAAAUUCAUAUCCCACGGACAGAGGAUUUACAGCAAUUGGUACUGGAGGUGAAGAUUUUGUCCAUUCAAUGGUUGAUGCUGUUGAAUCAGUUCUUCAAGAACCGGUUCCAAAGGGGCAAGUAACUCAGAAAAUAUCUUCUAGAGGGAAAUAUGUUUCUGUCAAAAUCGGUCCAAUACGUGUGGUCUCAAGUGAGCAGGUCCAGGCUGUGUACCGUGCCAUGAGAAGAGAUAACAGGAUGAAAUACUUCUUAUGAACUGCAAUUUCUCAUUCCUCUAUACCUAUUGCCCCUAUGCAAGCUGGAGGUUCUUUGAACUGAAGGAGAAACGGGAAGAACCUUUUUGUGCCACUUUAGCCCAAGAGGAAUUGCUCCAUGGUCUGGACAUAAUUAAACAGCAUAGCUGGACGAUUUCCAUUGCACUGUAGUGAUCUUUUUUACUUACUACGUAUGUUUAAAGGUGCAUGUUACAGUUCUGUAAUUUGUAAAAGUCUGUAUCCAGAGCAAUUCAAUGCUCAAAAAUUCUCAAUACAAGCCUGUGUCCUUGCUAGAACCAUCUGUCAUACUGACAAUUUCUACCGUCAGUGCAAUUUUUUAGCUCA